CACUGCCCACAUGACAAUUGUGCACUAGGGGUUUCGCGUUCCAUUGACUGCCGCUUGAUUGAUUACCUCCCCCCGCCGUCCACAACUACGCAAUGGACGAGGAUGACGCAGUGUUGAAGCGCCGGGAGAUCGUGCGCAAUAGCAUGCGCCGCCACCGGGCCAUGAAUAACCGAGUCUUGAGUGAUCUCCAAGCCCAAGUGGAGUUCUUAGAACGUGUGUACGAAGCAAAGACAGCAACAGCACUUCACAAUCGAGACGCUCGCUUUGACAGACUCACAGCAUCGACGCAGUUUUUGUUGCAUCAAAACGCCAUGUUGCUCGAGGCGCUGCGCCGUCGGGCAGCCAUGAACCAAGCCUUGCUUCGUACAAUCCCCCGGCUCACAGAUAUGCCGUCCUUGCUCUACGACAACGAGUUCAUUCAAUCUCACCUUAGCGUCUUCAAGUCAACGUUACUGUCCACAAGCCACCUCCCUCCAUCGUCUGCAAGGGUUUCGACCGACGCGGUCGAUGGGUGGGAGUCUCAAGUGGUUAAGACCCAGGCGCUGGUCAAGUAUUCAUCUGUCAAAGUAUGCCGCAACAUGGCUGCGCCGACCGACGUCGUGUGGCGGGAGAUGUGGACCAAAUAUUGCAACGUCCAGGUAAUUGCACGAAUGGGGAACGUAUCUCGAUGCCGGAUCGUUCGACUUGUGGACAUGGACACCGUGGCGUUUGAAGCAGUCUUGGUGGACCAAGCGACAGGCCGCACCAUUCCCCGAAUCCUGGUUCUCCAUCGAUUUCAACAUGGAUCGGCCUCGUACAUCGGACGUGUCGUCUUGGAUAAAGCAGCCAUUGGACGUGGUCCGCCUGUGUACCACAUCAAUUUGUUGGGGUUGGAGGGACAGUCGACGCAAGGGGAGAUGCGCGUGACGAGCAAGGGAGUCAUUUCGCUCGACCUGGUCCACCCGCUUUACGCUCAAGCUGUCCUGGCACAAAAUGCUCUGCACUUGCGGACGUACGAAAGCAAUGCCCUGCAUGAUCCAGACGCAACCACCUAUUAAACCAUUGAACCUCCCACCGUUGCAAAUUUUCCAUGACUUAGCGACGACGCGAUCUCAUCCAAGUAUACAAAUGCUUAUGGCCAGAGGAAUGUGUCCAUUUGCACACAUGACUACAUCACACGAGUCCGCCACCGUAGUAGCUGUCGAACGACUUAUGGUAAUGAAAAUUGUCGUUCCUUCGCUGUCCCA